GGUAACUAAAAUUGUUUUAUUUUUUCAGAGCAACAUGUCAAGGCAAAGGCAUUUUUGUUGUGACGACGAGACCGGCGAGAUCAUCACGUACCUCGUUAACAACGAGACGGGCGAGCCGACGCCAUCUUCGUCUUCCGUCGUGAUCGGGCCGCGCGCGUCCGCGGCUCCAACUGAGACCAUACAGUUUCCUAAGGGAUACAUGAGCAAGACGAAAAAAUUCCAAGCGUUAAAAGAGAAUAUAAUCAGAGGUUCCAAUGUGUUUAGUCCAAGGCUGCUUCUGAUACCGAUGGCGGCAGUUUUUCCAGCGGUUCUGAUCAUGUUACUUAUGAUUGCCGAAGUGUUUAUACAUGUCUGCUGCCACAAACAGAACAAGUCGCUGAAGGACCCGAGCCUGUACUACCGCAGUCCACUCCACAUGGUCACAAGCAUCUUCUGCGGAGUGUGCCGGGAGGACGAGAUGUCAUCCAAGAUUGGGCAAUUGCAGGAUCAGAGGAGGUGCCGCUAUGGUUACUUUAAGGGAAUGACUAUUUAGUAGAGAUGCACCGGAUAUCUGGUUACUAUCCGGUAUCCGGCCUAUCCGGCUAUUAUGUUAAUAUCCGGCCAGAUACCGGAUAGUGACCUGUUAUCUGGCCGGAUACCGGAUAGUAACAUUGCUUGAUUUCGGAGUAAAGAAAUUGGAUUUAAGAAACAGACACGGUCUUAAUCAAACUUGUUUAUUAUUUUAAAACAAUUUAAUCAUUCCACUGACUUGCACGCGCACACAUUUCGAACCUAGAAAUGAGUCCGCGCGAACUUUUACUAGGAAACAGGUCAAAUUUGCAGAAUGCGCACCUGAAAAACCGAAAUGUAGGUAUAGUUCCGCCGGGCGAAUAUCCGGCGGCCGGAUACCGGAUAUUCGGCCAGUGGCCAGGCCGGAUAUCCGGUAUCCGGCCAAACAACUAUCCGUUGCAUCUCUACUAUUUAGUCAUUUUAAUUUACAAGUAUCAAUGUGACAUAGAUAUAAUUAGACAUGUUAGAGAUCUGCCCAACUACCUCUGCUGUAAUAAAGUAAUAUGGGGGGAGAGGGACAGUGAGCAGAUUGGGAAAUAUAAUGAUUUUUUGUAAUAAUAGGUUAAGACUUGUGGUUAUGCCAGAAGAGUUAUACCAAUGCUCAAAUAAUUUGAGUAUGAAUGCUGGUCACUUAUUGUUAUUGGAUACACUGCAUCAUAAUAUAGCACUCUUAAAAUGGGCACCGAGUUUUCGCAUAAAGCAUAAAUCAGCUUAAAAAACACUCAAAGCCAGGUUGAAACCAGCAUGUCAGCUACGCGCACAGGGAGGCGAGAUGGCGUUACCAGAUGUGGUUAAUAAGUGUAACCUUUGCAUGGCGAUGUGUACAAUAGCGUGCGAGAAUCAAGGCGAUUGUUUAAGUUAAAACUGAAAUAUUGUCAGAAUAAUCAGCAACAAAUAAAAAUGGAUAUGAUAGCUAUAGUUCGUUUUUUUUUAGCAUUAGAAAGAACUCCACAGAAGUAAGCGUGCAGUUUAUAUCAGGCUCUUUAAUUGUUAAUAAUAAUAAUUAUUGAAUUAUCUAAUGUAGCACAGUCAAUAGAUAUAAUUUACUUAAAUUAUUACCGCUAAAAGUGCCGGAUUUGGAACCACAAGCUUACUUCUGCGAAGUUCUUUCUAAUGCUAAAAAAAACGAAAUAUAGUAGUCACUCUAAAAAAACGUUUUGGUGUAUUUUGUAAGCGAACAAAAGGCUUAAAUCCUAAGUCGUGCCUUCCUGUGAGUGUUUCUGGUCUGCAUGAUCCUGUGGAUAUAGCUAAUGCUUUUAAAGAAAGUUUUAGGGUGCAUCCGCCGCUCUCUGAGCGGUCGGCGGUGCGUGAUUCUCAGGCCGUCAACACCACGAGUCUCACUGUACAAUUUUCAACAAAGGAUGUUGCCACGGUGAUUAAUAAUAUAGUUAGAAGGAAAUCUCCGGGGGUCCGGCCUCUGUGUCGAACAUUUAAAGUAUGCGGGUCCCCUGGUCCCCACCUAUCAAGAGUACAUGCUUUGUUUUUUAAUUUGUGCAUUGCCCACUCUUACCUUCCGAAUUAACUAAUGUACACGGUAGUCGUACCAAUAGUGAAGAAUAGGACUGGAGAUGCCUCUGACAUGUCCAAUUACAGGCCAAUUUCGCUAGCUACUAUUCUGGCCAAGGUUCUGGACAGUUUGCUUGAUAAACAACUCGCUAAGCACCUCUAAACUUGCACGACUCACAAUUUGGUUUUAGGCCGGGGUCCACGGAGUGUGUACUGUCUCUUCCGAAAAUAGUUUUUUCCAGAUUGAUAUUUUUGCCAUUCGCAUUUUUUACCAUUUUACUUUUUCCGAAAUCAUUUCUAGCCAUUCACAUAUUUUCCCAUUAUUUUAAUUUUCCAAUAGUUUAUUUUCCGGAUAGGUUUUCUAACCAUUCGCAUAAUUUCCCACUUUAUUUUUUCUUCCAAAAGCUUAUUUUCCUAUUUGGUUUUCUAACCAAUCGCAUAAUUUCCCUUUAUAUGUAUUUUCCAAUAGAUUAUAUUUCUGAUAGAUUUUUUAUCCAUUCGCAUAGUUAACCACUUUAUUGACUGAGCGUUAGCGAAUGACUCCUUUUUAGCUUGAGUAAAAAUGACCCGCUCCGUGCAACCGCGGGAAUGAUAAUCCGAGGACCAAGUCAAUUGAAAAUAAACACAAAUUCUUAUGAAUCACAUUUAUUUACAUGAAGUGAAACAUCCUUACAUUCGUAUAGUUCGUUACGCGUGAUAUUUAGGUAUACAAUGUUGCAGCGUCCGCGCGCGCAAUCGACAAGGGGGCUCCACAUCCACGCCCUUAGGACUCCACUUGGUCAAGUGCAUAGUUCAGUUUUCGGCUCCUUUUUUACAUUUUAAUAUGGUGCUUUAUAAACUUUUUAUUAGUACGGCUUUUUAGCUCAAAAGAGUUUAAAUAAAUUAUAUCUCAUAAUCAAACAUCGGAUUCUAGGGGCAAAAUUGUAUGACGGGAUCCCUAUCCGUCAUACAAUUUGCCCCCUAGAAUCCGAUGUAUGCUAAUUGUGACACCUAUAUUAAUACUUUCAUCCAAAUUUCAUGUACAUACCUAUACUUUCGAAAGUGAACUAUACACAGACGACACUCAAAAUACAAAACAUAAUUGUUACAAACUCGUGCGUUUACCGAUGUAAUACACUGGAUACGCACGUCAAAAUAAGUCGAAAGUAGGGCAAACUACCCUAGCAAUGGAGAUUUACAAAAAUAUGACAAUUACUUAGUGCGCAUUCGGUAGUUUUUCCAAACCAAUAAAAAAAAUUGACGUGGGCGAGUAGCCAAUAGUAAUCGUUAUCACAAAAAUAUAGAGCUUCGCCCACAUUUCACAAGUGUUAUCUUAUCACGUAUCCAUGCACCUUAUAGCUAACCUGCCUUGCCCACAACGUUGGCCUUUUAAGCUGUGUGUGGCAGUGUCGCUUCGACCGCCUGCGCCUUAGGUAUAUUCAGUCGCAUUUGUUAAUACUGUACCCAGAUGGUACCGACCCAAUGUCAAUAGAGUAGGACCGAGAUAAGUCUGCAACAUGAAUCUAGUAUUUAACUGGAUCAGACAUGAGGGGUGUGGGAAAUGACCGAACUGGAUAGUCUUAUGUAUCCUUCAGUAGGAGUAGCAGCAAAAGCGCUAUUAUCGUUUGUCUUUGUCACAGUCUCACUUUUUUUUAUUCCCCACCGUAAAUUUAGUAUGGACUAUGGUGGGCAACAAAAAAGUUCAUUUCGUUUCAUAAAAAUUUAAAAAACUUCGACCAAUCAUAGUGUCGCAUUGCGUAUGUUUUGUCCCUCACGGUGGCACGCGUACUUAUAGCGCAUGUAUGUAUAGGAUCCUACCAUCUAUCGCCUGCAACGAUUUUGAUAGAACACGCAGUGCAAGUAGUGUUCCCAAGGUCUCGAGCCUUUUAUUUUAGCCCGAAAUUUAAAUCUCUCGAGUUCUUUUUAGAGCGGACUUAAUGAAAUAGGUUUCAAAGAGCUAGUGGUUUUAAUAUGGCUUAAGUCUUAAAUAAAGGUGUACUUUUUUUUAAUUAUCGCCUUUUUAAGAGCUCAAGCCUUUUUUUCAGGUUAAACCCUUAAAAAACUUGAGCCUUAUAUAAACUCUUAACUUUUAUGAAUACAUUCGUACUUAGAUAAUAGGAGUUAAUUACUUAUUAUUAGGUGUGUAAAUCUUUACACUGCAAGUUUAAUGCUUUGUGUGUUAUGCUGAUAAUUAAUUAUUAAUACGGGAAUAUUAAGAUGUAUUUCAUUAUCAGUCGUAGUAAACUAAUUCAAUACACCACAUGCAGAAUGCGUCGAGUUUACUUAUUGGAAAAAAACAACCUUUGUUACAUUAGGCUUUGAGGCUAAAAGGCUUCGAGGCUAAAAAAAUGUUGAGUCUUAAUAUUUAGAUACAGACUUUUAGCUUUUCAAUAUGUAGUCUUUUGACGUGAAACGUCUUUAAAAACCCGUAGUAGAGAUGCCGGACCAAAAACCAAGUGUAACGAAAAGUGUUAUGGCGCGGAGGCUUAUAUCUCCAUCUCCAUAACUAUAAUACCUGUAUGUAUAGUUUUGACAUCAAUGUAUUGACGAAAGUAGCCAUUACUCGAAAUUAUAUGUCCCGCUGACAUUGUAUUGUAGUUCGGGCGAUUUUCCGCAACUCGACGUCUUGCGCCUAUUUUGCGUGAUAGGGGGUGGACUAGUCUUGCCAGCCCAGCUCCUCGAGGAAUCCUAUCAAACCUUUGAUGUUGAGUAGGACCUCGGGGAUCCGAGAUGUUUUGCCCUGUAUGGGGCCAAUCCGCUGCAUUCCAACACCACGUGAGAGGCUGUUUCUUCUUCCUCCAUGCAUCCACGGCAUAGGGGACUGUCUGUGACACCUGUUAUAAAAAGAUGUUUGUUAAAAAGUCAAUGACCUGUUAUGACACUGGUUACCAUACUCAGUCGAACCUUUCCUAGUUGAAGGAGCGCCCUUGUGAGCUUACCGUUCAUGCUAGGCAUGGCUUGCUUGGCCUGUCUGCAUCCAGUUUGGUUUAGCCAGUGUUCUGUGUGUAGUUUCCCUGUACGUGCCAGCAGCAUUGAGCGUACCCAGAGAUGGGCAUUAAUCGAUUAACUUUUUAGUUAACUAAUCAAUCGAUUAAAAAUAUCAAUCGUCAUUUUUUAAUCGCGAUUAAUUUAGUUGCGAUUAAAUUAGUUGUGAGAAUGUACAACUAACAACUAAAUUAGUUUUAGUUUCAAUCGACUAAAUUUCACGGUUAAAUCUAUAUUAAAACUAUGUCACUACCCUUGCCAUCUUCAGCAUCUGUCGAGAGAGUUUUUUCAUAUGCCACAAUGAUGAAUCUCCCUAAAUAAAAUAGGCUCUCAGAUCAUCUAUUUGAAGAAAGAGUAGUAUUGAAAACGAACUUAAAAAAGUAAACAUAUUCUAUAGAUUAUUUUACUCGUGUUGUAUUUGUUGUGAGUACUCUAAUUUUUAAGUACAUUUAUAUGAUUAUAUUUAUGAGCAAAUUUUGAUUAUGUAGUUUAUUAUAUGCAGAGCUUGAUAUAUUGUAUUGAAUGUUAUACUUUAUAUAUAAUGGGUAAAGAAAGUACAUAGUAAAAAAAUAUUUACCAAUGAUUAUAUCCUUUAUUUUUAAACCUAUCACAAUAUUGGAAAUGUGUCUGUUUUAUUAAUUAUAAACAUUUUUUUUAUAUUACUCACUGAUUAAAUUUAUAUUACUUAUAUUACUCACUGAUUAAAUAAUAAGUAAAUGUCACAAAUGCAAAACAUACUUCGCAAAUUUUAAUUGAGCAUGCAUAAUGUUAUGAUGUAUGUACAAACAUGUUGAUUAUUUAUAAGCUUUUUUGAUUUUUUGAUACUUUUUGCUUUGAAUGUUUCAUAUACAAAGUUUGAUUUAUUAUAACUGUGUUUUUUAAUGUUUUAUAUCAUAACAUAUGAUAUGAACAUUUUAUCGUAUAUAGAACGUUGAUUUGAUAUUUUUUUUAUUUUAAUUAUUAUUUUUACGAUUUACAUUGAUUAACAACAAAAUACAAAGUUUUAUUUAUAAAAUUGUGUUUUAAGUGUCAAUGCACAAAGUACCCAAUCUUUAUUUACCCUUAGAUAAGAGAAAUUUUACACUCCAUAAAAAUGGUCAAAAUAUCGCAAGUAACACAUGUGCUAUUUCAUUUUUAUACAUGCGUUAAUAAGUCCUAAUCUGCUGGCUGUCAACAGAGCCAUACCGAGGUUUUCCAUUUAAUUUGCUUCUAACAUUAGUCGCGGAAAAAAUAGUCUAACUAAUUAGUCGAUUACAAAAAUUAGUUGUCCGUAAUCAAUCGGCAACUAAUUUAGUUGCAACUAAAUUAGUUGCACUCUAUACAACUACGAUUGAUCAGUCGUCGUUUUCAAUCGUCAGUCGCAAUUAAUUCUUUUAGUCUUAAUCGUAAAUCGUUAGUCGAUUACAUUUUGCCCAUCUCUGAGCGUACCUUACUAAACGGUAUCGGGAGGAUCGGUUCCGGGCCAAUCGCCCCCGCACCCGAUCCUUGUCUGGCGAGCUCGUCCGCGGCGUCGUUACCUCGGGAUCCACUGUGUCCUUUGAUCCAUUGUAAGGUGAUCUUAUUGUUCUGACAUACCUCCAUUAGUCGUUCGUGGCAUUCUUGUAUAAGUUUGGAUGUGACUAUAUGGCUUUUUAGGGCCAUUAAGACUGCUCUGCUGUCGGAGAGUAUGCGGAUGGAGGAUCCUACUACCUUCCUUGCAGUGAUGGCAGCCGCCGCGUUAAUGAUGCCCAUGCAGCCUGGAAUACCGAGUUAUGGGCUCCUAGCGGAGUGGUGAUUGACAUGUUCAGGUCUUCUGAAAAGGUUCCAGAGCCUGAUCCGCUGUCUGUUUUGGACCCAUCAGUGAAGAUUCUCAGCUCCCGGGGAUUGAGUCCUUCGUAGUUGUCGUCCUCAAAUAAU